CAAAAAAACAGCUCAGAAAUCAGGGUUAACUGCAGAACCAAAACUCAGAACAAGAAGAGAUCAUUAAAAGAUAAGGCUUCAGUCUUUGUUGGGAAGGAAAGAUCAGAUCUAUCAGCGGAGCAUGGAUCUAGAGAGAGAAAGCCCAAGAGUUCAUCAGGCAUGUUACUUACGAGAUUUAGGCUAGAGUCAGAAUACUUAUUGCUUUCUGACUUGAUUCUGACAUAAGCUGAACAAGAGAAAUUCUAUAAGUUUACUCUCUAAUUUCAGAAUUCAAGGUAGUGAAAAGCAAACUCACAGAUUCUCUAUUCAUGGAAUUCUCCUUAUGACCAGAGCCACUGAAGCUUAACAUUCAUAAGAAUAAUUACCAGUUAAGAAGUAGUGAAUGAGAUUCUUUGAAAUUAGUCAAAGAAAUCUCCUGAAUCAAGUCUAUGCAGACUCCCUGUAAUCGCACUGGUGAUCAUAUUGUAAGAGUCAGAUUAAGCUUACCAAAGGACUUUCUGAAUAUUCGUUGACAAGGAGACGAGUAGUUGUGAAAUCAGAUAAAAAUAGAGUAGAAAAUCAAAAGACUUUGAAUGUCAAGAUAAAGAAGCACAGAAUUAUGCUAAAAAUUAUCGGAGAAUUCACGUACUUCGCAUCAGUUCUUAGUUAGGAUGCUUGAGAGGCUUUUGGUCAGAAAUCCUUCAAACAGAGCCCUGAGAUCAUGAGUAACAGGAAGAAGGUUAGCUCUAUGUAGAAAUCGUAUCGAUACACCCUUCAUCAGGUAAAGCAGCAUCCUUUCCUUCUCACUUAGCCAUGAGAGACGAACUUUGAUUAAUAAUGUGUCCAUUCAAUAUGACAAUGAAGUAGCAAAUGCAAGGGAAGCUGGAUAGUUAGACACAGAAGCUCAAUUAUCUGAGGGAAAGAGUAUAUACAAGACAUUAAUAUAUUUGGAUGGUGCUAUCUCUUAUUGCUCAAACCAAAACUGGAAUUAGAUAAAGAACGAAAAUAUUUUGAAGAAUCCUGGUCCUUUGAAAGAGAUAAUCAAGUCUACCAAUACCUCUAUUCUUGCAUGAAUGUUCAGGCUUAAAGACCAUAGAUCAAAUUAUUAUCCUGAUGAUAAAACUUCUACCAUGGGAUCAAAAAUAUUAACUGAAACAGUUUUAUCCCAAUUUUUAAAUCGAAAAGAAUAUUAUUCCUAUUUUAAAUUUGAUUAACCUGGAAAUUUAAAAUAGAACUUGGAUAGCUGGAUUUUUCGGACUGAUCAAUCAAUAAGCUAUCAGGAACAUCUACUUCUCUGACUGCUUCAGGAGCGGACUCCAUCGAAGCCUGCAGGAUUAAGGCAAGCCUUCAGCUUCUGACAUUAUGGUCAAGAUUUUUCUAUUACUACUGAGUUUUUUGAUGUUCCAAGCAGUUUACAGAUUUCCACAGUAUGAAAGGAACCAAAAACUUUGGUGGAUUCUUAAUUAUGAAUUAAAAUCUUAAUAAAGCAUUGUAAAGGCAAAUUUAG